CAGCACCUCUGCUAGAUCAAUAUCAACGUCACCACAUAUCUACCAUGAAGGUUCUCGCAAUCGGUGCAUCUCGUAACAUUGGCUACCAUGCCUGCAAGCGUCUCCUCGAAUCUGGUGCAACAGUCACAUUCCUGCUGAGGAAGCCAGAGGUAUUCGACGAUGAUGACGAGAUCAAGGGCUUUGUCGCAACAGGCCAUGCUCGUCUCAUCAAAGGCAACGCGAUGAGCAAAGACGACGUCGCUCAGGCCUGGAAGGAGGCCGCACGUGGUGACGACGGCGCGCCUGUUGAAUACGUGCUCUUCUCAGUUGGCAUAUCUCCCAGCGAAGGAGGCAUCUCCCUCACCAAGGGCAUCACUUUCUCCACGCCCAACACCGUCACCCAAUGCCUCCUGAACGUCUUCGCGACGCUCCCUCUCGACGACCCCCAACCACGCGUCAUCACGAUCUCCUCGAACGGCCUCACGCACAAGUCGCACAGCGCGCUCCCGCUGGCACUCAAGCCCAUCUACGGCUGGAUGCUCCAGAUGCCGCACAGGGACAAGUGUGGCGCCGAGGAGGUGACGGCGCACUGCGCGGGCUGGGAGUGGGACCCGCGGGACUCGCCUGGUGCGGAUAUCCUGGGCGAGAAAUGGGAGGCGCGGCUUCCGGGACGGGGCGAGGUGAAGGGCGUUGUCGUCGUUCGCCCUGCACUGCUGUCGAACGGAGAGUGCAUGGGCGACAAGGGUCCUCGCAGAUGCGGGAAGCCACCCUACAGAGUCAAGGCUGAGGGCGACGUUAGUGGGGCGUGGACGAUCUCGAGGAAGGAUGUGGCGCAUUUCAUGGUGGAGGGGAUCAUGAAGAACUGGAGCGAGUGGGAGGGAAAGCGAGUGAGCAUAGCAUAUUGAUUCUGCAUGUGAUCGCUUUUCUCGGACGCUCAGGCCUUUUGAUUAUGGGAUUGUAAUAGUAUGAAUUACGGACAUUUGGUACACGAUUUGAUAUGGAAUAUAACAAACUAGUCAGC